AUGCAUUUUUUCGGCACUUUCUUGCUGUUAUUUGUGCCAUUUUCGCAAAGCCUGCAGUUCAAGAGGACCCCAGGGCUGCCAGGGCCGCCAGGACUGGGUGGAAUGGAUGGAAGUGAAGGAGACCCUGGACAACAAGGAGCGAAAGUACCUCGAGGACUGAAGGGUCCAAAUGGACCGAGGGGAGAAAAUGGACCGAAAGAACUGCCUGGGCCACAAGGCUUACGUGGAGAACAGGGCAAAAAAGGGGAAGUAGGAAUCAUGGGACCAAUGGGAGGAGCAGGAUAA